AUGAUUGCUGAAGUCGUCAUUUCUCAAACUUAUACAAAUGUCGAAAACGAUACAAUUGAAGCGAUUUAUAAAUUUCCAACACACGAAUCUGCGGCUAUAUGCGCCUUUGAGGCUGAAAUUGAUGGUAAAAAAGUCAAAGGUAUUGUUAAAGAAACACAGGAGGCCGUAAAAGAAUACAAUACUGCUAUUCAGACUGAACUUAAACAUGACUCAGAAACUGAAAAAAUUCGUUUUGUAAUUCCCACUUCAAUUGCUCCGAGAUAUGGAAGCUAUGGACCAUCAGAAAUUUCUUCUUUCGCAAGCAAUUUACCCCUUGUCAACACUGUUAAUCCAACUAGUAACUUAUCAAUUUCUGUUACGUGUCGAAUGACAUCCGUCAUUACAAGUAUUGAAUCACCAUCCCAUUAUAUAUCAACUGAAUUAAAUAUUGAUGGGGACCCAAAAAUUUCUAGAAUUACUUUGAAUGAGCAGACAACUUAUUUGGAAAAAGAUUUCGUAUUGGUCGUUAAGAGUCAAGUGACCGAGACGAAUUGUGCUAUGUUAACUUUGGUUCCAAAAUUUGCUAUUAAUCCAACUUUGACUGAAUUGAUAUUUGUUGUUGAUAGAUCUGGCUCUAUGGUGGAAGCUCCUAUCCGAAAGGCCGCUCAAGCACUUGAAUUAUUCCUACGAUCACUCCCAGAAGAUUCAUUUUUCAAUGUUGUAUCAUUUGGUAGUCAUUACGACUCACUUUUUCCGAAAAGUCAACCUAAUUCUCAAUCGGCGAUCUCAGCCGCCCUUUCGCUUGCUCAAAAUAUGACAGCGAAUUAUAAUGGAACAGAAAUGUAUCAAUGUUUGAAAUGGGUCCUUGAAAAUAAGAGAAAUGAUAUGCCAACCGCCGUAAUUCUUCUUACAGAUGGUAGUGUUUGGAAUGUAGAUCAAAUUGCCGAAUUGGUUCGAUCAAAGGUAGAAGAAAGCAAUGACCUUCGUUUAUUCUCUUUGGGGAUCGGAAGGAAUGUAGCUCAUAAUUUAGUAGAAGCUGUCGCACGCGCUGGAAAAGGAUACGCACAAUUCGUAACUGACUGUAAUAACGAUGGAUUUGAAAAAAAAAUUAUUGGAUUUUUGAAAAAUUCAAUCAGACCUCCAAUUAAAGAUUAUAAAGUCGAAUGGACUGAAAAUGGUGUCAUAGAAGUCGAGGAUGAUGAACCUUCAAAAAACAUUUUAGAGAGACCAAUUAUCAGCUUUUUUAAUGAAGGUGAUGAAUCUCUUCCUCAGCUACCACCAGAAGAUGAUUUUAUUUCGAGAUUACAAUUCCUACAAGCACCGUACGAUAUUCCACCAAUUUAUCGAGGAGUUCGUUUAAUAGUUUAUUGCAUACUUGCAAAGGGGGUUGAACCUAGGAAGAGUAUUACACUUUCUGCGAUGUCUCAGGAUGGUUCAAUGAGGUUGGAAAUUCCGAUUGAUCCCGUCACAUUGCAAGGAACUAAGAUACAUACACUUGCAGCGCGUAAACUUAUUCAAAAUCUUGAAGAUGGAACUUCAUUUCUUCAUAAACAUCAGAAAUAUCGAGGAAAACAAGUUCCUAAUUCUAUUGUUCGUAAUCAGAUCGUUGCUUUAGAUGUAGAUAUGACUAAAGAACAAGGUCAUAAACCAUUACAAAUGGUGGUGCCAAACUAUACCCCACCUAAUUAUCAAAAGGUUGGAUUUGGAAGUAACCAAUCCAAUUAUUCUGUGUUUUCCCAACAAAAUCCUCAGACUAUUGGAUUUGGCCAAAUCCCAGGCCAUAUGUCAUUUAAUAGUUCUUCGAUUAAUAAAUCUGCUUUUGGAGCUCAACCGUGUCUAUCUCAAUUUGGUGGAUUCGCAGUUCCAACUAGUACACAACCUCAAGCAUGUUCAGGGAUACGAUUUGGUGGAUUCAAUAAAGAAGUUAAUACACAAAAUUCACCAAAUUUAUCUCGAUUUGGUGGAUUUGCAGUUACACAAUCUUCGAAUAAUGGUGGAUUUGGAUUUGGAUCAGCAACUCAAACAGCCAGUCAAUCACUAUUUGGACAAAAUACGUCGAAUAGUG